CUUCCCGGGUAGGUAAUCACUACCCUCUUUCCACCCUACAAGUCACCAAUUUUACCUGUUGAGCUCUAGAUUCUGCAACGUCAUUGCUCAUUGCUGCCUGGACUGCUAACACUUUCACCCGGAGGUCAUCGCCAUGGCCCAACCUGUUCAAAUCAAAGCGGAAUCGCCAUACAUUAAACCAGACCCUGAUGCAUUCAGUGGCUCCGCUGUUGCCCUACCCGAUGAAGACGAUCUAUACGAAGAUGCUGGGGACCUUGAGUUCUUUGAUUCAGCUGUCUCGCAAGGCUCGUUUGAUCAGGCGUACCUAGCAAAAGUCCCCAAGGAAAUCUGGGAUGCUUGGAGUAAGCUUCCUGAUGACGCGGAUAUUGAAGUGGGCACGAUGAGGCAGUGGGAUGUAAUACGCCCGGACGGCACGAUAGAUCACCGAUUCCGCAUGCUCCUGAAUACGGAGCUCGCGGGGCACCAGCUCGUCCCAAGGGAAUACGACCUCGAAAUGAACCCUGACAUUAGCCAGAACACUUACGUCUUUACGGAGGAGGACCUUCCUACUUUCAACACUAGAUCGAAGGCGAGAAAUGACGCCGCUAGCGGGAUACCAGCCCAUUUACUGCGAGCUAGGACUGAAAAAGUGAAAGAGAGACCGGCUAGAAAACCAUUCGACAGAAAGGCUAAAUGGCAACCAUACUACCGAAAGGCGAUUCCGAAAAGAACAAAGAUUGCGGCACGCAUUCAAUACGAGAUGGGAUGCAAGCCUGUUGACAACGAGGAAAACCGCGCCAUACUGCAGCUGAAACAAAUGGAGGCGCAGAAACCCAAGCACACACUCAAGAUUGUGGACCAUCAUCAAAUAUCGGGUGUCAUCCAACAAGGCUCAGCUGCUGCUCAAGCUAAGUUCGGGUCCUUCGUUAAAACAACCAACGCUGUCAAGGCCACCAAACAGAAGAAGCUCGUCAAUAAAGCUAUUCGCAUGGACGAGGCUGAAUUGCGGGAGGCCCUGUUGGAUGCAUUUACCAACCGAUAUCAAUAUUGGAAGAUGUCUGUCCUCAAGGCAACGUUCAACCAGCCAGAGGCGUACUUGCGACAAGAGCUGGAGAAGGUUGCUGCCCUCAAUCGUUCAGGUCCUCACGCCAAUGAAUGGGAGCUAAAGCCGGAGUUCAAGUUUAUUCAAAACCAGGCAUUGGCUGAGAGCGCACCCGACGCAGGACCUGAUGAAGAUGAUGAGCUAGACUUGGUGGAUGUUCUUCCAGAUGCAUCAACUUAACCCUAUUUAAUAUUACUAGGUCGUACCCUAUAAAGGAUUGGCUAGUAAAAAAAAGGGGAUUCAAUGGGGAGACCUCAAGUUUCAAUAUCGAGACCUCACAAGUGUCAUUUUAGUGGGGCCAUGACGCUACCGCUAAGAUGUAUAUAUACCGCACCUAUUUUGUAUAUAUAUAUUAUGUAAAAAAUCGUCCG